AGGUGUUUUGGGAGAAAUCUUGAAUACACGCGGAGAACAUUAAAGCGAACACGUUACCUGAAAAACAUACAGAGUACCAAGAAGUAGAUUCUUGAUAUCCACCCUGUAACUUGCGUGGACUUUUAUUUAUCUUUUAAACUUAUUAAUAUUACAAUGAAUGGGCACAGUGAUGAAGAAAGCCUAAGAAACAGUAGUGGAGAGUCAAGCCGAUCAGAUGAUGAUUCCGGGUCAGCAUCGGGUUCUGGAUCUGGUUCAAGCUCUGGAAGCAGUAGUGACGAAAGCAGCAGCCGGUCAGGCAGCAGUGACUCUGACUCUGGUUCAGAGUCAGGCACUCAGUCAGAAUCAGAGUCUGACACAUCUAGAAAGAAGAAACAAAUUCAAGCUAAACCACCAAAAAUUGACGGAUCUGAGUUUUGGAAGACUAGUCCAAGUAUACUUUCUGUGCAAAGAUCAGCAGUGCUGAAGAAGCACCAGCAACAACAAAAGGCAGCCUCAUCAGACAGUGGUUCAGAAGAGGAUUCAUCAAAUAGUGAAGAUUCUGCAGAUGACUCAUCCAGUGAAACCAAGAAGAAAAAACAUAAAGAUGAAGACUGGCAAAUGUCGGGAUCAGGGUCAGUAUCAGGAACAGGUUCUGAUUCCGAAUCAGAGGAAGAUAGGGAGAAAAGCAGUUGUGAAGAUAGUGAAUCUGACUAUGAGCCAAAAAACAAGGUCAAAAGCCGGAAACCUCCAAGCAGAAUUAAGCCAAAAAGUGGGAAAAAGAGUGCGGGACUGAAAAAGAGGCAACUUGAUUCAUCAGAGGAUGAGGAUGAGGAAGAGGAGGAGGAUGAUGAUUAUGAUAAGAGAGGAUCUCGUCGCCAGGCAACAGUCAACAUUAGUUACAAAGAAGCUGAAGAAACCAAGACAGAUUCUGAUGAUCUGCUGGAAGUUUGUGGAGAAGAUGUCCCACAAACUGAAGAAGAUGAAUUUGAAACUAUAGAGAAGUUCAUGGAUAGUCGAGUUGGUCGAAAAGGAGCCACAGGUGCCACAACCACCAUCUAUGCAGUUGAGGCAGAUGGUGACCCAAAUGCUGGGUUUGAAAAGUCAAAGGAGCCAGGAGAAAUACAGUAUCUUAUUAAAUGGAAAGGUUGGUCACACAUCCAUAACACUUGGGAAACUGAGGAAACAUUGAAGCAACAAAAUGUUAAAGGAAUGAAGAAACUGGACAACUAUAAGAAAAAGGAUCAGGAAACAAACCGAUGGCUGAAAAAUGCUUCUCCAGAAGAUGUGGAAUAUUACAACUGCCAGCAGGAGCUUACAGAUGACCUACAUAAACAAUACCAGAUAGUGGAAAGAAUAAUCGCUCAUUCAAAUCAGAAAUCAGCGGCUGGUUAUCCAGACUACUAUUGUAAAUGGCAGGGUCUGCCUUAUUCAGAAUGUAGCUGGGAAGAUGGUGCUCUCAUUGCCAAAAAGUUUCAGGCAUGCAUUGAUGAGUACUUUAGCAGAAAUCAAUCCAAAACCACUCCCUUUAAGGACUGCAAGGUUCUAAAACAGAGACCAAGAUUUGUUGCACUGAAGAAGCAACCGUCUUACAUUGGGGGACAUGAAAAUUUAGAGUUAAGAGAUUAUCAGUUAAGUGGAUUGAAUUGGCUUGCUCACUCAUGGUGCAAAGGGAAUAGCUGUAUUCUUGCAGAUGAAAUGGGUCUCGGUAAAACAAUACAAACAAUUUCUUUUCUGAACUACCUAUUUCACGAACAUCAAUUGUAUGGGCCUUUCUUGCUGGUCGUGCCACUUUCUACCUUGACAUCUUGGCAAAGAGAGAUUCAAACUUGGGCUCCUCAGAUGAAUGCUGUAGUGUACUUAGGAGAUAUAACUAGCAGAAAUAUGAUAAGAACUCAUGAAUGGAUGCAUCCACAGACCAAACGAUUGAAGUUUAACAUACUUCUAACAACAUAUGAAAUUUUGCUGAAGGAUAAGUCAUUCCUUGGUGGUCUGAAUUGGGCGUUCAUAGGAGUUGAUGAAGCUCAUCGUUUAAAAAAUGAUGACUCUCUUCUGUACAAGACUUUAAUAGACUUUAAGUCUAACCAUCGCCUUCUGAUCACUGGAACCCCUCUGCAAAACUCCCUUAAAGAGCUUUGGUCUUUGUUGCACUUCAUCAUGCCGGAAAAGUUUUCCUCCUGGGAAGAUUUUGAAGAGGAGCAUGGCAAAGGGAGAGAGUAUGGUUAUGCAAGUCUCCACAAAGAACUUGAACCAUUUCUUCUGAGGAGAGUUAAAAAAGAUGUAGAAAAGUCUUUACCUGCUAAAGUUGAGCAAAUUCUGAGGAUGGAAAUGAGUGCAUUGCAGAAGCAGUAUUACAAGUAA